UCUACAAACAGCUAGUAAGGCCAAAAUUUAUACACUUCGGUUGUGAGAAAAGUUGAUAUGCAAUUGUAAAGCAUGACAAUUUUAAGUACCUUGUGCAGAGCUUGCCUGCCUGCCAAUGCUCUUAGACUAACUAAAAUUUCCAAUUUUUUAACCUCAAAGCAACAGAAUGCUAUUCGGCAAGCGUUUCGCACUAUGUCUGAUGAUGCCGGUGAUCGUGUGAUGAACAUUACUCCUUCCAGACAUCAGUACACUCGUUUCAAGGAUGACUUACACUUUUAUAUAUCUUUAGGCGUAAUACCUCUGGGGCUGCUUAUUUUAUACGUCAAUAUUUUUAUUGGACCUGCAACUCUGACUGAAAUUCCAGAAGAUUAUAAGCCUGAAUAUCAUGAAUAUUUUCAACAUCCAAUCAAGCGAUUCAUCGCAAAACAUUUUAUGGAAGAUCCUCAAGUAAUUUAUGAAAGAACAUUACAUUUCCUAAAAUAUGAUCAAGAAAGAAUGCGUUGGAAGGAAAAAAUUGAUAAAGUCAAUCAAUUGAUGUCUGAAAGAGAUGAUUACAAAGCCUGGUUCUUUAUUCCAACCGAUCAAGGACGUCAUUUUAGACGUGCAAGACAGCAGCAAGAUGAACUGGAGAGAUCGAAAGGAUACAUAUAAUAUAUUAUUAAAACCAAUAAAAGUAGCCCACUUGUUAUGUUAGGAUAUCUUUUGUAGAUUUUGUUGAAUAAAUUAGAUCUUUUUGAUGAA